AUGAAAUUAAUUUUAACAUUUGUGGUCCUUUGCUUUUUGGCCAUUUGCUCCUGUUGGCCAGUUGAUAGUGGAUAUAGAAAUACUCUGGAAGCUAUUGAUGGUGCCAUUCGUGGUGAUACAGACAAUGUCGAACAUUUGCGUUUAGUCCGCCAGUUUUAUGGUGGUUAUGGCUUCCCAGGUUAUGGAGGUUAUGGUGGUUAUGGUUUCCCAUAUGGUGGUGGUGGCGGUGGAUUUAGUAAUUCUCAAGCCUCUGCAUCUGCUUCAUCCACAGGUGGCGGCUUUGGUUAUUUCGGCUGA